CAAGAAGUCACACACAGCGAAUCAAGAUGGCUGCGUGCGGCGCGGAGCGGUGGGUGGAAGACUUGCCAAAUCACGCAGUUUUCCGAAAAAUACGAGAUAAGUCGGAUUCCAGAAGUCGUAAAAAUGAAAGAGGCAUCGCCAAAAACCUCGCGUUUUGUUUGGGCGGGGACUUCUUCGUGUGGGACGACGCGGACCGUUUGUUUCACACUACCAACCUGAGGCAGCUGAACUCAGGCGACAGUGGCAGUAGCGGGAAGUGUCAGACCUUCAUGUGCAUCAACCCGCCUCUUUUCGAGGUUUGCCAGGUUUUGCUGAGUCCAACGCAGCACCAUGUCGCGCUCGUGGGGCAGCGUGGCGUCUCCGUGCUGGAGCUCCCCCAGCGCUGGGGUAAACGGUCCGAGUUUGAGGGCGGACGCAGCGAGAUCAACUGCAAGACCAUCCCGGUGGCGGAGCGCUACUUCACCAGUUCACAGUCCGUGAAUCUCCGACAGGCGGCUUGGUACCCCAGCGAGACCGAUGAGCCCCACCUGGUGCUGCUCACAUCAGAUAACACCAUCAGGUUUUACGGCUUGAAGUCGCCCCAGACUCCGACCAGCAUCUUGUCUCUGUCGCAGUCUGAUGACGACGGCAGCCUCCUUCCUACAGUUUGCUCCUAUGCAGCAUCGUUAGGUGAGAUAGCUGUGGCAUUCGACUUUGGGCCGGUGUCGUCUCCUCCUCGGCAUCUUGCGUCAAAGAUCGGCAAAGAUCAGCAGGUCUAUCCUCUGUACAUCCUCUACGAGAACGGGGAGACGUAUGUGAGCUACACAAGUCAGGCAAACAACGUGAAUCUAACUAAACCUGUUGGACCCCUCCCCAUGUAUCCUGCUGCAGAGGAUAACUAUGGCUAUGACGCUUGUGCCAUUCUCUGCCUGCCAUGUGUGCCCAGCAUCCUGGUCAUUGCCACAGAAACGGGCACGCUGUAUCACUGUGUGGUGCUGGAGUCUGAAGAGGAGGAGGACACGCAGGCGGUGGAAAAAUGGAUCAGAGACGCAGAAGCAGUGCCAGCUCUCUAUGUCUUUGAAUGUGUUGAGUUGGAGCUCACUCUCAAAGUAGCCAUGGGCGAAGACGAGGAGCCACAGGAGUUUGAUUUCACCUGUCGCAUCAGACUGCACCGAGACCCCUUGUGCCAACACAGGUAUCACUGCACCCAUGAAGCAGGAGUGCACAGUGUGGGGCUUAUCUGGGUCAACAAGCUGCAGAGAUUCCUCCAGUCGAAUGAGGAGGAUAAGGACAGUCUCCAGGAGCUGGCUGCUGAGAAGCGCUGCAUCGUUGAGCACAUUCUCUGCACCAGGCCCCUUCUUACUAGUCAGUCAGCCCCAGUUCGUGGCUUUUUGAUUGUGUCUGAUCUUGCCUUGGGCGCCACCAUGAUCUGCAUCACAAGCACUUACGAGUGUAUCCUGUUGCCCCUGCUGAGCUCUAUUCGCCCUCCCUCACCUCCCCUGCUCUGUACCCAUCCUGGCUCAGGCUCCGUCAGCUCCCCUCUGCGUGGUCUGGCCAACGACUCCUUCGAGCAGCACAUCCGUAACAUCCUGUUACGCAGCUCCACCAAUCCUCUUGUACUUAAGGCUGGGGACAAGGAAACAUCACCACCCCCACCGGAGUGUUUGCAGCUCCUCAGCAGAGCCACGCAGGUGUUCCGCGAGGAAUACAUUCUCAAGCAGGACAUGGCCCGCGAAGAGCUGCAGAGACGUGUGAAACUCCUGACGAGCCAGAAGAGGAAGCAGCUGGAGGAGCUCUCCCUGUGUAGGGAGGAGAGGAAGAGUCUGACAGAAGUGGCAGAGAGGCUGGCUGACAAGUAUGAAGAUGCAAAGUAUCGCCAGGAGACCAUCAUGAACAGGGUUAAAAAGGUGCUGGGAAGUCUGCAAAGCCAGCUGCCGAUACUGUCCAGCAGUGAAAAGGAUAUGAAGAAGGAGCUGCAGACCAUCAGUGAUCAGCUGAAGCGCCUGAACAACUGCAUCAAACAGGUGAACAUGAAGAUGCAGUACCAGAAGACGCAGGUGGAGAAGGAGGUGUCUUCAGACCGGACAAAGGUCUCACUCAACGCCCAACAGAAGAAGGUCGUUCAGGAUGUCCUCAGAGAACAGGGGCAGCAAAUCGGUGACAUGAUGAAGCAAAUAAAAGACGUCAAAAACCACUUCAGUUUCUAAGCAUUGUAGAAACUCAGAAAAAUAUCUUGCGAAGAACUGAGGAAAAUGUUUCAAAUGUUCAUUUGAAAACAAUCCAGUUAAUAAAUCUGCCUUUUUCUGAAGGGAAAACCAGUGCUUCAGGUGUAAGCGUGUUUAAAUUGAGACAUUUCAUAUAUACCGAUGGAACUAUCUUUGCUACAGGCCUGUUUUACUCUUUAUACAGAUGUAUCUAUGUUAUGGUUCUUUUUUUAAGACUUGUGAUUGAGUCCGAUCAGAGUAUGUCAUGUAUAGUCGGGUAAGAUUUCUUAUUUUUGAGCUGACCUCGCUGAGAUAUUUUCAUUGUAAUUUGGUAUCUCUUUGAAUAAAUAAACUUCAUUCAUUAAUUAAUUGUCAACUAUUUUGAUAAUUUGAAGCUUUUUUCAUUAUUAAACAAGAUUUCUGAUUGUUUCAGCUUCUUAAA